AUGUCAGCUUUGAUGGACGCCUUCACGAAUACGAUUUCUGGCAUUGCUCACGCCCAGGCCAAUUCACCUUUCCAACAAUGCAUUCGAGAUGCUCUUGGAAACCACGGCAAGCAGUUUGCGUUUCCACAAGACGUGCUGUUUCAAGCACAAGACGUACAGCCGUACAACCUUGAUCAUCCCAUCAUACCUGCAGCGGUGGUGUACCCCAAGUCGCCGGACGAGGUAUCGAAUGUGGUGAUUUGCGCACAUGAUGCUGGCAUCGCAGUACAGCCUCGCAGUGGUGGCCAUAGCUACUGUAACUAUGGUCUCGGCGGCGAAGACGGCGCCCUGUCCGUCGACAUGAAGCACUUCAAGGACUUUGACUACGACUCCCAGGACCAGACCGUCACCUUCGGACCUGGCAACCAUCUCGGCGAUCUGACUGACAAGCUGAAGCCUCUCGAUAGAGUCAUGGCCUACGGACCCAGCAGAGAUAUCGGCUCAGGCGGGCACAUGACUAUCGGAGGUCUUGGAGUCCUUGGUCGCCAACUUGGUCUCGGCGCAGACCAGGUCAUCUCCGCUGACGUUGUCCUGGGCAAUGGCACGCAAGUAACCGCAACAGAGAACACGAACUCGGACCUCUUCUGGGCUAUUCGCGGCGCUGGAUUCUCAUUCGGGAUCGUUACAAGCUUCAACAUGCAGACUGCGCCGGCGCCAAGGGACGUUACACAAUUCGCAUACAACAUCACUGCAGGCAAGGCAACGGACCUGGCUGAUACGUUCAAGCAAUGGCAAAGACUCAUCGCGCAGCCGGAUCUGACGAGACUCUUCGGGUGUACUCUCACGCUCACGGAAGGACUGUUGAUCUUCAGUGGGACAUAUUUCGGCUCGAGGCCUGAGUUCGAUCAGUUCAACCUCGAAACCAUUCUACCUGGCUCACACUCCAGCCUCAACAUUCAGAGCGACGUUGUCACCAAGACUUUCAACGACAUUGGCGCUUUCGCGCUGGACCUCUUCGGCGGCGUGCCAGCCCACUUCUACGCUAAGAGUCUCAAGACGACACCGAAAACUCUCCUCUCAGACGAUGCUGUGGACGCUAUGUUCGAGUACAUCGAUAAGACGGACAAGGGUACGCCGAUUUGGUUCGUCACAUGGGACCUUGAAGGCGGUGCGAUCUCGGAUGUGGAGCAGAGGUCGACGGCGUAUUGGAAUAGGGAUGCGUUGUAUUUCUUGCAGAGUUAUGUCGUUAGUCUGUUCGACGAUGUGAGCGAGAAGUCGAAGGACUUCGUUGAUGGGUUGAAUCGAGUGAUACAGGAGCAGACUGGUGCCGAUGAUUCGGCUUAUCCUGGAUAUGUUGAUGAGAGGCUGCCAAAUCCGCAGAGAUCAUACUGGGGCGACAACGUACCUCGUCUUGAAGAGAUCAAGGCUGCUGUCGAUCCUGACAAUGUCUUCCGCAACCCACAGAGUAUCAGACCAGCUGUUGGACGUUAG